GCUGGACCGAUCGCCGACGGUCCUUAACUCUCAGGGGAGUAGCCCCUUCGAACGGAAGAGUCUCCGAUCACGGAGGGGCUUCCCGACAAUUGUAGCGUACAUCGGCCUUAGUGACGAUCAUCUUGGGUGGAAGAGAAACCUUUCAGAGCACCAGGAAAGCAGAUCCUGCCUGCAGAGAGUGGGAGAAUCUUCGGAGAGCAAAAAUCACAAGAUAUUCACAUGCACCUAGCUGGUCCAUGCUGUGAAAUGACAAGAUUUCUGCUGCUGUAUGCGACCCAGCAAGGGCAGGCCAAAGCGAUAGCAGAGGAAAUAAGUGAGCAAGCGGAGACACGUGGCUUUUCUGCAGACCUUCAUUGUUUGAGCGAGUCCGACAAGUAUAACCUAAAAACGGAAACCGAUCCGGUCGUCAUUGUCGUGUCUACCACGGGCAACGGAGACCCUCCUGACACAGCAGUAAAGUUCGUGAAGAGAAUCCAGGACAAGACCCUGACAGCUGACUAUUUUGCUCAUCUGCGGUAUGGAUUGCUGGGUUUGGGAGAUUCCGAAUACACCUACUUUUGUAAUGGUGGCAAAGUGAUUGAUAAACGACUUCAAGAACUUGGUGCCAGGCAUUUUUAUAACACUGGACACGCAGACGAUUGUGUUGGGUUGGAACUUGUAGUAGAACCGUGGAUUGACGGGCUUUGGACUGCCCUGCAAGAGCAGUUUACGUUACGGAAAGAAGACAUGAGCGGAGUCGUCAGGACAGCGUCUGGUGAUGUGUCCUCAAGAACAGAUCAAGGGAAACGGGACGCGCUAUGCGUCGAUCCACAGAUUGAGCUUUUGAGACUGGAUGAUUCGGGGGUAAAACGUUCCCCAACUUCAACACAAGACACAGUUAACGUUCAUUCGGGAACACUCAUCGAAAAUUUGGAAUCUUCACUGAUUCGAUCCGUCCCGCCCCUUUCGCGGGCUGCUCUUAACAUUCCUGCUCUCCCACCCGAGUAUUUAAAUGUACAGUUUCAGGAUCCUAUUGGUGAGGAGGCCCAUGUACCCUGUGAGCCUUCAGUGGAUAUGAUUUUUCAGGUUCCGGUUUCAAAGGCAAUUCCACUCACUAGAGAGGAUGCUGUGAAAACAACUUUGUUUCUGGAGCUGGACAUUUCUAAAACAUCAUUUUCUUACCAACCUGGGGAUUCCUUUAAUGUAAUUUGCCCUAAUAGAGAUGAUGAGGUUCAAGACCUACUUCGGAGCCUACACCUUUUGGAGAAGAGAGAAUCCUGUGUUUUCCUGGAGAUUAAAGACGGCACUAAAAAGAAAGGAGCAUCUGUACCUCAAUAUAUACCUGAAAGGUGUUCCCUCCAGUUCAUCCUUACCUGGUGCCUGGAAAUCAGAGCCGUUCCUAAAAAGGCAUUUUUGCGAGCCCUUGUAGAACAUACCGGUGAUGCCGCAGAAAAGCGGAGGUUGCAAGAACUCUGUAGCAAACAAGGAGCGGCCGAUUAUAACCGUUUCAUAAGAGACUCUUGCGUCUGCUUGUUGGACUUACUCCGGGCUUUUCCGACUUGCAGACCGCCCCUCGGCCUGCUCGUAGAACAUCUUCCUAAGCUCCAAGCCCGACCGUACUCGUGUGCAAGUUCCAGUUUGUUUCAUCCGGGAAAGUUGCACUUUGCGUUUAACAUCGUGGAGUUUCCACUCUGCCCAGCCCGAAAAGGAGUGUGUACGGGGUGGCUGGCCAAACUCAUCGCCCCCGUCCUGCAGCCCUACGGAAGUGCCCGGCGGGAAGGGGAUGAGCAAAGCGUGGCUCCAAAGAUCACCAUUUUUUCACGAACAACAAAUUCUUUCCACCUACCCAGUGAUACUUCAGUCCCUGUUAUCAUGGUGGGUCCAGGAACUGGAGUGGCACCGUUUAUUGGUUUUCUCCAACAUAGACAGAAGCUCCAAGAACAGUAUCCAAAUGGGAGCUUUGGAGAAAUGUGGCUGUUUUUUGGCUGCAGACAUCGGGAUAGAGAUUAUCUGUUCAGAGAUGAGCUUGGACGUUUCCUUCAGAAUGGCACUUUGACUCAUUUGAAAGUCUCCUUUUCAAGAGAGGUUCCCGAUGGGCCGGAAAUUGCCUCGCCAAAAUACGUGCAAGACAACCUUCGUCUUUGUGCUCGGGAGGUGGCAAGAAUCCUGCUCAGAGAAAAGGGUUAUUUCUACGUGUGUGGUGACGCCAAGAACAUGGCCAGAGAUGUAAAUGAUGUUCUAAUAGAGAUCUUAACCAGUGAAGCGGAAGUUGAAAAAUUAGAAGCAUUGAAAAUAUUGGCCACUUUAAGGGAAGAAAAACGCUAUCUACAAGAUAUCUGGUCUUGAAGCCUGGAUUCCGCAUUCAGGAAAUAAAGGAAGACCGUCACGCCGGUUCAGCCCCGGGUACUUCAAGAAGACCGUCGUACUGCUUGAGAUUAGUCCUUAGUUCACAUUACUUUAUUUGCUUGGGGGAACUUUCUAGAACAGACAUAGCACAUGCCUCUGGGCGUUCUCAUCAAUGGCAUUCUUGAACAUCGCUUUUAAAACAACUUAAGUAAUGAAAUAUGAAUUAGGGGGUUUGCUGCAACAAGUGACCCGUAAAUCCGGUGUAGGGUUAGCGUGGGCAUCUCAGUGGUCCGAUCUCUCUUGCCUCCGAACGGAGGAUCCCAGACGGAAAUGACCGUGGAGCCGGAUCCGAACAGAACGCUGCCGUGUGUGCCGUCCACCCUCCGACCCCCUCGCCCGGGAUCGCCGGCCCGCUCGUUUUCAAACUGAUGGCUGAAACGCACAUCGAAAGAAUAUAUCGCCACGUUUCAUCCAGGUGUUUACAAACGAUUAACUUAUUGCCAGAAUAAAGUAUUUUGAAAUAGUUAUUUUUCUAUCUAUUUUAAUGCAGAUUACAUAUAUGAAAAUCCGCUUGAAAUGCUGUUGGGCUAAGGAUUUGACAAGCUCCUGUUCUUCCGUUUUAAGGAGAAAACUGCUUCAGAUAAGAAAGAACUUUAGAGGUAGCAAUUCAUUUACUGAGUUACCACGUUAAUGUGCCAAAUUUUUGCCUUUAGUCUUUUAAUGGUAGCUUUUCUCGUUCUAGUUUCUUUCUGGAAAGGGAGUUAGAGAAAAUAAGGAUGUAGAAGAGACAAAACUCUAAUUCUUAAAAGGUCCAGGCCAAACUGCCAGUGGCUGUCAUGCCCUGAAGAAAUGUAACGGACAGACCCAAGCCUCAGAUUCCAUUUCUCUUAUGGCAAGUUGUUUGGAAAUAAUUUACAGCUGCAGGUCUAACGCAGGCGUGGGCGAUUUCGGUCAGGGGCCGUGUCUCACACGAUAUCCGGUGUUCACAAUUCCCGUCAAUAAAAUUCAUUACGACUA